AUGCUGGGUUCUCUACUGGGAAUGAUUGAUCCGAAUCGCUAUGCAGAAGGGAGAGAACUGGUACAAUCUUUGAAAGAUUGUUUGCGUUUGACGUGUGGGCGUGUACCUCGAAGAAAGGGCGGCUGGCAGUACGCGGAUUCAUUCAUGUUAGACUCUGUUCUGUUUGCAGACAAUUUGCGACCGCUGCAUGAUGGUGAUCUCAUGCAAGACUUGCUGAUGCCACAGAAAUCCACAUUGUAUACAUUUCGCAUACGGCUGGAUUUUUGCACCAUGCUGUGGUCACGAGAGCAUUUGUAUGAUCAGCGCACAUCCUGGUGCCUUCACAUUCGGAUUGACAGCAGCCCUCAAUUCUCCAGUGGCAGUACCGGUUUGAAGUACUACAGUGGAUAUGUGAAAGGGAACAGAAAACACUUUGCGACCUUGGGCAUGCUGGAGCGCAAUCUGGUAGGAUAUGAGAAAGCACUGGAGUACGAGAAGGACAACCAGUUCUACUACUCUGUACCGUGUUUGGCAUACUAUGCAGCCUUGGCAGCGGGAAUGGAUUUGGGGAAUGUUCAACAAGUGCCUAAAACAAUGAACAAGAAGGGGUACAAUGCAUUGUGCAAAUUUUUCCAAGGCCAUACAACAACUGAUCCACGUGACGAUGCAGCUAUGUUUGAGAAACGAAAGAGGGCACGACCGCAACAUGCCAAAAGCAAGCCGAAAGCAAAGACAAAACCCAACGCAAUUCCUGCGCGUACUGGAGAAAUUAUUUCACGCCCUGAAGUUCUGGAAGUUUCGGAUUCAGAUUCAAUUUCUGAGAAGCUUGUGUAG